AUGCAUAUAAAGCAGCAGCUUCAACCAAACAGCGACGGAAGCAAAGAGGAUAUAGAAGCUGCGCAGAUCACUGUCACGCAAAUCAGUGUUCUUAUCACGAGCUUAAACGCGCAAAACUACCAACAAGUCGAGCGAGAAAUCCACGGCCUACUGGAGAGAUCGCCGCUUAACGUCUAUCUCAAAUACUGGAAGAAACUCCUACCUUUGGCAUCGGUUCACAUCAAACAGUACCACAAGCUCGACACGGACACUAACCCGUUACAUCGCUUACUUUACCGUUUGUUCCAAGACCUCAAGUUUAGGAACGCUAACGUUGUUGAGUCCGUGAGAACCCAAGUCUUGCUAAACUCUGAAUUUCAAGCUCAAACCUGCUUACAACUUCACGACCUCCUGCAAGUUCUGGAUCCCAUUCAAGAUCAGCAGAUUAUUAACCAGAUUGAUCCAGCAGCAACUAUUGACCGUUUGACCAGAUUGAAAAACCUCAGGAUGAAUGCAGCUCAGUCCUUGCAACAUUUUUUGGCCACCGAGUCUCCCAACACCUUCGAACAGAACUUGAGCAGUUUAUUAUGUUCCCUAAGAGGCGAAAACCUCAAUGAUUUUGUGGCUUUAAUUUUGUCUGAAAUUUUGGCCCCGGGCUCUCAAAAUAUACAACAGCCCAGUUCCGCGUGGUUUACUCCCGUAGCCAUAGGAGAAGCCGGUCAAAGAGGCGCCCAAGUAUCGAAUGCUUUGACUAAGCUAGGCCCCUCUGCAGUGAAUUGGAAUCGCGUCUUCAACCUCAUGUCUACAAAAUACUUUUUGGACCGCACAAUUUCGGUGUCCUUGGCCUCGUUGAACGCACUUUUGACAGCUUUAAACAGAGGCCGUCUCAUCGAUCAAUUCCUAGGCUGUGAUUGGAAUGUCCAAUUCAAGUUAAACGUCUGUCUCCUCUUUCACAAAUGGAACCUACAGCAAGGUUGCGUCGAUCUUUUAAGCAUGCCGGAUAUCAGGAAAGUUUCAAACAACCUCGCUAAUUCUAAUCCUAAAAACACGCUGCUUUCUCUCAAGUCAAUCGCGCGGCUUGACGUCGAGAUUUUUCUUUUACGGGAGGAGCUAACGGGCAAUCCAAUGUUGCCUAUUUUUCAAGAGUGUUUCUUCGAUGAUUACGAUCUAGCACCCGAAUAUUUAGCGCUAGCUGUGAUGACGGACUCAAAACAUUUUGCAUUACUAGUUGACAACGCGGCUAUCAUUGAUGACCUUCUAAUCACUCUAUUGGUAAAGGUUUUCGAAAAGAUGCCGAUGGCUUUAUCGGACUUGAUCAAACAAUUACCUUUCGAGAAAGUUGUGGAUCUUGGAAGUGUCAUUAUCCGCAAAGAAUCGUCACCUUUUUCUGCAUUUGUACAGAUUCUGGGCGAAGAGAAUUUUUUACAGCAGUUCAUGAAUUCCCUACCUUUUAAGGAAGCACUUAAAGUUACUCCAAGUGCGAAAAAAACUGGCUGGACGGGUUUCGAAGAUUUCAUGAAAACAAAUCUAUCAAUUGAAACUGUCACAGUCAUACUAGAGUUUUUAGAACUCCAGUCUAAGAUGGAUGAAAGCAAUACUCCUUUCUUUUCAUCAAAAGUUUACGACCUACCUGCAUUGCACUAUAUUAUAACUUUGUUAAACUCCUUUUCUUUGAGUCGUACUCAGAGGGAAAGCCUCGAAAACAUCCAGUUUUCCCUAUUAAUUGCAUUCCCCAGACUGAUAAAUUUUGGAUUUGGACAUGAUAAGGCCAUUUUGGCUAAUGGUGACUUAGUUCCCAUUCCAAUGGAUGUAGAGAAGGAAAUGCAAAACUACCUUCAGAAAAUGUACAGUGGCGAGUUAGCCAUCAAAGACGUUAUCGAGAUAUUGAGAAAACUGAGGGACAGUGAUGAUCCGCAUGACCAAGACCUAUUCGCAUGUAUGACUCACGCAGUCAUUGCAGAGUCAAAUUUCUUCAAAGACUACCCCCUCGAAGCCUUAGCUACUACAUCCGUGCUUUUCGGUUCUAUGAUUCUAUUCCAGCUUUUAAGGGGGUUUGUUUUGGACGUUGCCUUCAACGUAAUUCUUAACUUUGCUAAGGACGGUACGGAUUCCAAAAUGUUCAAAUUCUCUGUCCAGGCACUCUACGCCUUCCGCAUGAGACUCAAAGAGUUUCCACAGUAUUGCAGACAUCUGAUGGAGGCUGUGCCUGCAUUGCAAAGUCAGCCUCAGAUAUAUCAAACGCUAAGCCAAGCUGCCUCACAAACUCCCGAACGACUAAACAAUGGCCACUCUAAUGUAAACCGGGCUCCAGAGAUGGUAGCCCUCAACUUUUUCGCUAUCAAUGAGGUUCCUCCAAAGGUUAUACAAGAAAGUCCACCUAAGGAAGUCACCGAGAAAAUGCUGUUCAUUGUAAACAACAUGACCGAUGAUAAUUUCGAUGACAAGAUCGAUGGAUUCAAGUCUUACCUUAAAGACAAAUUUUUUGGAUGGUUUUCGAAUUACUUAGUCAAUCAGCGCGCUA